AUGUCAACACAAUUUCUAGACACAUUCUUGUGUGACUUGUUUUUAUUGAAAAAAUUGCCAUCACAAGAGACUGUUGGCUAUGAUUUACUUCAUCUUUUAGAGUUUGUCCAAUUUUUGAAAAUGGAUGAAUUAGCCGUUGAAUUUGCAGAUGUUCAGAAGGCAUUUACAAAUUGGAUGUCUGUUCAAGAAGAUGUGGAUGAGAUUGACUCCAAACUUGGUUUAGACGGUGGCCAAGUACAAAGUUUACUUGAUACCAAUGCUAAUGUUAUACUUCCUCUCUAUAUUCAAAACUGUAAUGCAUGUUUGAUCAUUCGUAAGGAGAAGGGACAAUCUGCUAAAGUUUCAGUAUUUACAGUGCAUCCAAACAACAAGGAGAUUAUGUCUAGGUGUGGCGAUCUUGUAACACUUUAUCCUGAGGUUACUAUCAGUGUCAAGGAUGAGAAUCUCUCAAUGCUUUGCUCUGAUGAGCUUGCCACUUUGUUGCAAGAUUUGUUUUCGAAUCAAAUAGGUCAAAUAAGACCAAAAUCAACAAAAGCUGGCAGUAAAGAAGAUGAAGGGCGUGAUGUAGUUUCUUCAGUAAUUAUCACAGAGUGGUUGGUUGCUCUUCUUGGUGGUGAAUUAGCUCACGAGAAGAUGAUCAACAAAAAGAUUAGAAAUUCAAUUGAAUGGAGCAAUGCCAUGCAUCCUUACAGGAGAUCUGGAUUGUGGAUGUCCAUCAAAAUUAUUUUGCAAUUGUUACUUGUUUGGAAGUAUGGCGAGAAUGAUGGAAAAGUUUAUUAUAAGGCAGUAUUGAUGAAAUAUUUCAUUCAUAUUGCUAACAAGCACUUCCAUGAAAUGAGUGAUGAGGUAAAAUUACAAGUUAUUUCAAAACUAGCAAUUAGACUUAAAAAGUUGGAUGAUUUGCACGAUCCUAAAACCAAGCAUAUUUUGACUUAUGCCUACAAGUUUAUUGCUGAACAAAGAAAAUAUCUGGAUAAUAAUUGGAAUAUUAUUUGCAGUGAUACCUCCAAAAUUAAUUUGACUUUAGGUUCAGCAGCCAACAAGUCUGAUAAUAUUUAUCAACAAUUGGUUGAGUCUGAAAAAGUCAUUAACCUUUACAGAGAAAUAGAACAACAAACAGUUGACGAAAGUGAAAUUGUUCCAAAAUCAUUCAAUAGAUCUUUUAGUAUUUCUCAAUUUACGAUUAGUCAAACAGACGGUGGUGAAGCAUCUUUAUCUGAAUUAUUUAUUAUUGAAGAAUGGGUUAGAAAGAACAUGAUAACAGACUAUCACUGUACACCUAAUAAUUUAAAUAACCUAUUUACACAAUACGUAGUAGUGGCAAAAACAGUUUAUGCCACUGAUCCAAUGGGAUUCAGUAGAAUGAUUCUCACUUGUCUAAAUAUCAUUAGAAAGUUAAUAGAAUUUGCACAAAAACAAUCAUCUAUGGUUAAAGAGUACAAGACUGGUAUUGAUACCUCAAUUUUCAAUUAUAUUAACCUCAAUAGAAAAGAUGAAUGGAAAUAUCUAUUCGAACUUGAAACCUAUUUCAAUAAUUUCGAACAGUCAGCUAUUUAUCAACCUGAUUUUCUUUCAGAAAUAAGCCGAAAUUCAUUUUCUGUCAGAUAUGCAAACAGAAAUCCAACUAUGAUCCGGUUGAGAGAAAAUAUUGAAAAAGAAAUUCAAGAGAAAAUCCAAGCUAAAAAAGAUGAAGUUAGAAAAGCAAAACAAACGUAUCAGGAAUACCUGGAACAAGCUAGCAAAAUUUCCCAUGAUGAAUAUUAUAGUGAAUACCAUCGCCGUUACAAAUGCAGAUCUCAUUGUUCGAAAUGUUACUACCAGAACCGGGCAAGUGAAAUGAGUGUUACGCCAUACGAAAAAGUUCUACCAGAAGAGGAUUAUUUGAAAAAUGCUGUUAUUUUUGAAUUACUAAUUCCUGAUGAGUUUAGAUGCUUGAGCAAUGUAUUGAUUGAGUUCUUUGAAAUUGUAAACUACUACAAUCCAAGGCAAAAAGCUAAUGGUUGCACUGAAAUUUGGAAAGAGUAUUUAAGAAACCACAACUCUAACACUAAACACAAUAGAGUUAGUUUAACAAGCUCUCAAAAAUCUUAUUUGAGAUCCCAUUACUCUAAAGAGCAACACCACCCAAGGAAUUCUGAAGAUGAAUUUAUAAAAAGAAACGCUCUGAAUCUUCGAAUUUCUAUCGAUGGAAAGUACGUACAUUUCUCAAAAUCCAGUAUUGUUGAAGAAUGCUCAUUUUUACUAGACAAGAAUGGAAGGUAUAAUAGCUUGAUUCCUUUCCUUAGAAAUUAUUGCCACAACCAGAAUGAUGUUUUAUCCUCUCAAAUUAAUUGUCAUCCUAAACUUCCUCUUACAGAAUUUAUAGAAUUUGGAUCAUUUAGGGCUGGCUAUCGUCUUCAAAUGCAUAAUUUAGCCAAAGUUCUUUCAAAUAACGUACUCUCUUUUGAUGAACAAGAUGUUUGUUUUUUAAUUCUCCAAAGUUUAUUACAAUCAUGCCCUUCCAAAGGAGAUUGGUGGAGAGAAACAAAUGAUCCUGUUCGAGAUUUGAAUUUUUCAAAUGAGCUUGUUUCACUACUUCAGAAAUUAUUGAAAAAAAUUGAAAAUAAUUGGAAAUCUAUUAAUCAAUUAGUAAUCAUUGUAUUUUGUGCCAAAAAAUUUUUGGAAAUGUGUGAAAAUACUAGAUUGCAUAACAGAGUUGAGAAAUUAUUACUUGAUAUUAGAGAACUCUGCCUUGUGUGGUUAUCUAAAAGUGAACAAGUAUUGCUCAAAAUUAUUGACAAUCCGAUCGAGUGCACAAACAUUCGAAACUUGCAAACUGAAACAGCUUGUUGCUGCUGUUUAACUUUUCAUCCUUUUUCUUCCCAGAGAUUACUAGGAGAUUUUUCUAAAUGGUUGCUUGCGAGAUCAAUAAUUUACGAAAAUUUACUUUUGAAUAAUAUUGGUUUAAAUACACUCCCUCAAUUUAGAAAGUUAUUGUUCAGAGAAACAAUCAAGACAUCACAAUUAAUUCAAGAUUCAAUUCAUGAUUCGUUAAAAGAUAGCUCUGAAUUAAACAUUUUCCUGAAAGAAAAAUGGAGUGAAGUUAGAAAUUUAGAAGAAUUGAAUUUGAAAUGGCAUCAAUAUGCAGAAUCUGAAAAUUGGUAUUAUGUUAAAUUUAACGAAGUUCUCAUCCAAGUUAACAUUAUUAACGGAACAUUAUUGAUAAAUCAUGCUCCUAUUGGACGGCUACCAGAAAUAAUUACAAAAAGCAAUGAAUAUCAAAGAAUUUUUCAAAAUAUGGUCCUUGAUGUACAACCAGGAUCAGAAUUCAAGUCCUUUGUGACUAAGAACACAUUUGGUGGAAGCUUUUUCAAAUUUAAAUUAAUAUCACAAAUCGAGCAAGAAAUUUUAAUUAUCAGUGAAAUAACCAAGGACAAUAAGGAAAAAGUUUAUUUUCCGCAUGAAUAUUUUGCAAAAGAUUUACCUUUUCAACUCAAAGAAAAAUAUGGUCAUUGGAUUGAUAAGGAAUCUAAUUGUAUUUUAUUUAGACCAAUGUUUUUCUUAGAUACCAAUUUCUCAAAGGUUCAUUAUACUUUGAAUUUGAAUAGUAGAUUGUUAUUAGAUAUGAAGGAUAAGAAAUAUUUUAUAGACAAUAGAAGUAAAAUAUUUACAGAAAUAAUGAAAAUUAUGAGCAGAAUUGAAAAAGAUGAACAUGUACAUUCUUACUAUCAAGAUAAUACUCUUUUUGUUGAAUUACCUAGAAAAGGAUUAAUAUUUAUUCUGUCCAAUAAUUACUCACAAUUUAUUUGUAAACAAUUUGGAAUGACAGUAUCCACUAACUUUGAAAUAGGAACAUUAAUUGGAUUGCAAAAAGGGCUCAAAUUAGUUGAUAACUAUUCGAAAAAUACAGUAUUAGUAAUUCCUAAUGGAGAUAUUCAAGUAGCUAGAGACAUUAGUGGUCAUGUAAAAGUAGAUAUUGAUUUAAAUUCUGUUUCAUCUCCUCCCUUCUUCACCUAUACUGUCAAUGCACAACUGGAAAGAUUGGAAGCAGAGCAAAGUUUAGCAAGUUGGUUGUAUUUAGCAUAUUUGCAUGGAUGUACUUCUUACUUCUUACCUGAUCCAUUCACCAAAUUGUGUGGAUAUGAAGCUGCAAUAUCUAUCUUGAAAUCUAAACGUUGUUAUCAAUUACAUAUUCCAAUGAAAGAGUUUGAGAUUGAAUUACUUGAAUUAAUAUCGACAUUAUCUCCACAGAGAUCUUAUUAUCCAGAACAUUUAACUGAUAUGCAAGUAACGACAUGGAAUAAUAAUUUAUCGUCUAUUGUACAAUUAGACUCCUAUAUGAUAUUAUGCGAACGAAUUAAGAAAGAAAAUUCAAAAUUAUUUUCAGCUAUUAGUAUUGAAAAGAGUAAAAAUAAUACUAAAUUUACUCUAUUGGAAGGCGUAUUUUAA